AUGAGGCGUAAAAAUAAGCUCUUUUUAGGAUUUGAUUUAAUUUCUUCCUUAAAUGCCGAAGCCAUAUUUUGAUAUGGAAAUAAUUUGCAAGAUGAUGGAGAAGCAAAAAUAAAAAUUUCUGAUCUGCUUAUAGGGCAAAAUAUUAUUAUUGAAAUCGGUUAUGGCGUGUAUACAGUUCCGAAGUCUCAUUUUUCUGUGAAUUUGAAAUUAAUUUGAUUGAGAGGUAUGGGAUUAUUGAAAUUAUCAAUGAAAAUUUGGCACAGAGAGCAGGAGCUUAUAUAA